ACCUUAAGAAUGCAGUCGGUUUGUCAGAGAGUUGGCACUUGUUCCUCAUGUUUGAAGAGACAACUAAGUGGCUUCCUGGGAUUAAUUAAAUGGCAGAGAAGACUGGUUCCUGCUUGUGUCAGAACUAUUUACAGUGAGACGGGCAAAUGGGAAAAAAGCUAUGGGUUGGAGACAAGAAAAAGAGUUGAAAAUUGGUGGCUCCCAAGAAUAAAGGAUCAGUUCUGCAAAAUUUCAGAAACUGAUAAAUCAAGACCAAAAUUUUAUGUGCUUUCUAUGUUCCCAUAUCCUUCUGGAAAGCUUCACAUGGGCCAUGUUCGUGUCUACACCAUCAGUGAUGCUGUAGCUCGGUUCCAGAAAAUGAGAGGGAUGCAGGUGAUAAAUCCAAUGGGAUGGGAUGCGUUUGGUUUACCAGCAGAAAAUGCUGCAGUUGAACAUGGGCUUCACCCUGCAAGCUGGACACAAAGUAAUAUUCAACACAUGAGGAAACAGUUUGAUGCACUAGGUCUGUCUUUCACAUGGGAAAGGGAAAUAACCACUUGCUUACCAGAGUACUACAAAUGGACACAAUAUCUCUUUCUUAAGCUUUUUGAAGCUGGGAUAGUGUAUCAAAAAGAGGCCUUGGUUAAUUGGGAUCCAGUGGAUCAGACUGUUCUGGCUAAUGAACAGGUGGAUGACAAUGGUUGUUCGUGGCGUUCAGGAGCAAAAGUGGAACAGAAAUACCUCAAACAGUGGUUUAUCAAAACUACUGCUUAUGCAAAGGCUAUGUUUGAUGCUUUGUCUGAUCUCCCUCAGUGGUAUGGUAUAAAAGAAAUGCAAGCAAAUUGGAUAGGUGACUGUGUUGGAUGUUCUCUUGACUUCUUACUAAAGGUUAGUGGUGAAGUAACAGAAGAGAAGCUAGCAGCUUACACCUAUACGCCUGAAGCCAUUUAUGGAGCUUCCCAUCUAUAUAUCUUACCAACUCAUAGACUGCUGAAUGGGAACAGCAGUCUCAAGGAAGCCUUUCAGAGGGAGUUCAUCCCAGGGAAAGACUCGCUUACUUCAGUGACAGCUGUGAAUUUGCUUACCCAUCAGGAGAUUCCUGUAGUCAUCUCAGCAAAAGACAAUUUUGAGAAUUUUCUCGAUACUAAAAUAGGAAUACCUAGUACAAGUGCAGAAGAUGCUGCAGUAGCUAAGAAUCUGGGCAUUGCUUUCACUGAAGUCAUUGAAACGUUGCCAAAUGGCUUGGAGAAAGUCAUUAAUUCUGGAGAGAUCACUGGCAUGACUCGGCAGGAGGCUUUAAAAGCUAUUACCCAGCAGGCCAAAAAUAAAGGAAUAGGUGGAGACCUAACGAGUGAUAAAUUAAGAGACUGGUUAAUAUCUCGACAGCGGUACUGGGGAACACCUAUCCCUGUCAUUCACUGCCAGACAUGUGGCACUGUCCCCGUACCUUAUGAAGACUUACCUGUGGUAUUGCCCAGUGUAACCAGCUUCACGGGAAAGGGAGCCUCACCUUUAGAAACUGCUGCAGAAUGGGUGAACUGUUCCUGUCCCAGGUGUAAGGCAGCAGCACGGCGAGAAGUCGAUACCAUGGAUACAUUUGUUGAUUCUGCUUGGUACUACCUGAGGUACACCGACCCUCACAACACGGACAGGCCCUUUGGUAAUGACUUAGCAGACUACUGGCUGCCUGUGGAUUUGUACAUUGGAGGAAAGGAGCAUGCAGUUAUGCACUUAUUCUAUGCGAGGUUUUUCAGCCAUUUUUGCCAUGACCUAAAGAUGACAAAACACAAGGAGCCUUUCCAUAAGCUCUUGGUUCAAGGUCUUAUCAAGAAUCAGACGUUCAGACGAACAACAGGCCAGUGUUUGAAGAGAGAAGAGGUUGAUCUCACUGGAACUGAACCAGUUUACCUAAAAACUGGUGAGAAGGUCCAAGUUACUUGGGAAAAAAUGAGCAAAUCUAAGCACAAUGGAAUAGAUCCUGAAGAAUUACUGAAAGAGUAUGGCAUUGACACCCUACGUCUCUACAUUCUGUUUGCUGCCCCUCCAGAACAAGAUAUUUUGUGGGAGACUAAAACUGAUGCUAUGCCAGGUGUUCAGAGAUGGCAGACUCGUCUCUGGACACUUGUAACCAAAUUUAUUGAAGCAAGGACUGCAGGAGCCAUGCCAAAUCCUGAAAUUCUGAAUAAGAAGGAGAAGGCUGAAGCCAGAAAGAUCUGGGAGCAGAAGAAUCUGGUGAUAUCUGAGGUUAAAAGAAACACUCACAUAGUUU